ACCACACCCUCUACAACAACCACCACACCCACCACACUCUCUACCACAACCACCACCACCACCACCAGCCAACCACAACCCACCACCAGCCAACCACCACAA